AUGGCCUGUAUCUCGGCCAACCAGGCCAUCGCCUCCUGCAUUGGCCUUCUGAACUCGGGUGCCGCUGAUAUUUGCAUUGCGGGUGGUGCUGAGACCAUGUCCGACGUCCCCAUUCGAUUCUCCCCUGGUCUUCGUAAGGCCAUGCUCGCCUCGCGCAAGGUCAAGUCUCCCGCGGGUUACUUGCAGCUCCUCAGCAAGCUCAAGGCCAAGGACCUGGCUCCCGAGGCGCCGGCCAUUGCCGAGUUCUCUUCUGGUGAGACCAUGGGCCAGUCUGCGGACCGUUUGGCGGCUCGCUUUGGCGUGACCCGUGAGGAGCAGGACGAUUUUGCCCUUCGCUCGCACACACAAGCCCGUGACGCCUUUGAGGCCGGCCUUCUCAAGGACAUUGAGCCCAUCUUCAGCCCCAAGGCCAAGGGCUUCGUCAGCAAGGAUAACGGCGUCCGCGUGGGCACCAAGGAAAAGCUGGCUGGCCUCAAGCCUGCCUUUGUCAAGCCCCACGGUACCAUCACGGCCGCUAACGCCUCCUACCUCACCGAUGGCGCUAGCGCCUGCCUUCUGAUGACCGAGUCCAAGGCCAAGGAGCUCGGCUACAAGCCCCUCGCCUACCUGAAUGCGUUCACCUUUGACCCCAAGGAACAGCUGCUCCUUGGCCCUGCAUACGCCACAAAGAAGGUGCUGGAGCGCGCUGGUCUUCAACUUUCCGAUAUUGACGUCAUUGAGUUCCACGAGGCCUUUGCUGGUCAGGUUCUGGCCAACAUCAAUGCCAUUGAGUCGGACAAGUUUUGCCAGGAGUACAUGGGCCUGAAGGGCAAGCUUGGCUCGGUGGACAUGAACAAGUUCAACAACUGGGGUGGUUCUCUCUCCAUCGGCCACCCCUUUGGUGCCACUGGCGUUCGCCUUGUGACCACUGCUGCUCACCGUCUGCACCACGAGGACGGCAAGUACGGUCUUGUUGCCGCCUGUGCCGCUGGUGGUCUGGGUCACGCCAUGAUUGUGGAACGCGCAUAA